CUGCGAAGCGCUGGAGCGGGCAGGGUGCAGCAGCCUCGGGGCGGCAGGGAGAGGUGGGCUGUGUCUGGCAGCGCACCAGCAGCCCGGGCUGGCCACAACCAGUGGCCCGUGGCUUUGCCUGGUGGUUCGUAGAGGUGAGACGACAGCCGGGUGUCCUGCAGCUCCUCCAGUCGAGGACUUCUCGCAAAUUCCUGGCGUGUCGCCUCACUCCCGACAUGGAAACCAAGCUGCUCUUCAUGACCUCGCGGGUCCGGUUCGGCCAGCAGAAGCGGUACCAGGACUGGUUUCAGCGCCAGUACCUGUCCACCCCAGACAGCCAGUCCCUGCGCUGCGACCUCAUACGCUACAUCUGUGGUGUGGUCCACCCCUCCAACGAGGUGCUCAGCUCCGACAUCCUGCCACGCUGGGCCAUCAUCGGGUGGCUGCUCACCACCUGCACGUCCAAUGUUGCUGCUUCAAAUGCCAAACUGGCCCUGUUCUAUGACUGGCUCUUCUUCAACCCCGAGAAGGACAGCAUCAUGAACAUAGAGCCUGCCAUUCUGGUGAUGCAUCACUCCAUGAAGCCUCAUCCUGCCAUCACUGCCACGCUGCUGGAUUUCAUGUGCCGGAUCAUUCCCAACUUCUACCCCCCACUGGAGGCUCACGUCCGGCAAGGCGUCUUCAACUCCCUCACCCACAUUGUGGAGAAGCGAGUCCUUGCACAUCUGGCCCCUCUCUUCGACAACCCCAAGCUGGACAAAGAGCUCCGCGCCAUGUUGAGGGAGAAAUUCCCGGAGUUCUGCAGUUCGCCCUCGCCGCCCAUCGAAGUCAAAAUUGAGGAACCCGUUUCCAUGGAGAUGGACAAUCAUAUGUCAGAAAAGGAUGACAGUUGCUAUGACAACGCCGAGGCCGCGUUCAGUGACGACGAAGACGACUUGAACAGCAAAGGGAAGAAAAGGGAGUUCAGGUUUCAUCCGAUCAAAGAAACCAUUGUGGAGGAGCCUGUUGAUAUUACGCCGUUCCUGGACCAGCUGGAUGAGUCACUGAAGGAUAAAGUCCUGCAGCUGCAGAAGGGAAGCGAUACGGAAGCUCAGUGUGAGGUCAUGCAGGAAAUCGUGGAUCAAGUCCUGGAGGAGGACUUUGACUCGGAGCAGUUAUCAGUGCUUGCAUCCUGCCUUCAGGAGCUAUUUAAGGCUCACUUCCGUGGUGAGGUUUUGCCAGAAGAAAUCACAGAGGAGUCUCUGGAGGAGUCGGUGGGGAAGCCUCUCUACCUAAUAUUUAGGAACCUCUGCCAGAUGCAGGAGGAUAAUAGCGGUUUCUCACUGCUGCUGGAUCUCCUGUCUGAGCUCUAUCAGAAGCAACCCAAGAUCGGCUACCACCUCCUGUACUAUUUAAAAGCCAGCAAAGCUGCAGCGGGGAAGAUGAACCUGUACGAGUCCUUCGCCCAGGCCACGCAGCUGGGGGACCUGCACACGUGCCUGAUGAUGGACAUGAAGGCCUGCCAGGAAGACGACGUACGGCUGCUCUGCUACCUCACCCCCUCCAUUUACACAGAGUUCCCGGACGAGACCCUACGAAGCGGCGAGCUGCUGAACAUGAUCGUAGCCGUCAUCGACUCAUUCCAG